UUUUUUCUCCGCCUCUCUCUGUCUCUCCCUCUUUUUUAUUUCUCUGCCCCUCUCUGGUCCUCUUCCCCUCCGGCGCAUCGUCUCCACCUUUGUCAUCUUCUCCGACUUGAUCAACUCCUCCGGCGCCAUCCAUGACCUCAGGGUUAUGUCCUUUUUAGGAAUUUAUCUUCUAUCGAGCUCCUCGAGAUAUUCCCUCUCUUCCUCUCUAGGGUCUAAAGUGUAAAGUUUGGACUGAAAGUGGGGAUGAAUCCCAAUGGAGAGCAAGUGUUGGAUCUGCGCUGUGUAAACUGCGGAUGGGGAAUUGAGAGGCUCUUUGUGCAGUACUCACCUGGAAAUAUUCGGUUGAUGAAAUGUGAGAGUUGCAAGGUGGUAGCUGAUCCCUACAUUGAAUGUGAAUUCAUGAUUCUUCUGAUCGACCUGAUUCUUCACAAGACAAAGGCUUACCGACAUUUGCUGUACAACAUGCUCAAUCUAGAAGCCUCUGAUGUCAAGGGAAUACUUUGGAAGUCAAGUUUAAUCAAUUUUCUUUUAGAUGCAUAUAGGUUUUCUAUCUUGAAAGGAAGCAAAAAUGAUUUGGAUUCAUCCAAGGGACUUUUAUUGACAAUUUGGACAUGUGGAGAGAUAUUUGUGAAUGUUACUUUGGGAAAUCUAAUGUUUGUAUCUGUUGUAUUUCUUGGCACAAGGAUUCUGCUCAAUUCUACCUUUGCGAUUACUAGGUACAGAGGUAUUUUGCUUGCUAUCCUGGUUUCGAGCUACUUCAAGUUAUUUCUCAUGGCAAUUAUGGUUUGGGAAUUUCCUUUGUCUGUCCUUUUCAUCAUUGACAUAUUUGUUCUAUCAUCAAAUUGUGUCGCUUUACAAGGUCUGUGGUCGAGGCUUGUUAAUUUGCUUGAUGCCCAUGUCAUGAUCAAGCUUUCCCUGAAUCAUGAUACUACAGGUCUCAGAUAUUUAUGGUACCCAUGUCUUGCUACUCCACAAUUCUGUAGUAAAUGUUCCAUCCGAACUGUUUAGCUGAAGAGUCGUCAGGCCUGGAGGCUCCUAUAGGCAUUUCUCUACUUUCAGAAGAAGCUACUUGCUUGUCAGCGCUUCCUCCUUUCCCAUAUCAAAUUGAAGUUUGUUCUUCAAACGUGUUCCUUGACAUGGAACAUACCUACGUUUUGGAAUAGAAAAAACUAUUUGUGAAUGUUUGCUGUGGUAGAUGUGUAUACUUGCAUCUCCAGUCACUUGUAACAACUGAGCACUGCCUCGUGAGUUGCUGUUAUUAAUCCUAACACAAUCAAGAAUUGCCGAAUGCUUUUGGGUCUGCUUCAGUGCGCACAUGGCCAAGUUCUUCACUAUCCACUGG